UGUUGAAGUUGCGCUUGAAUUUAAGCCUGUCCUAGAACAAUUAGAAUUUGCAUUUGAAGUUGAAGCUAAACGAGUUCUGGUACGAAGAGUUGAAUAUGUACUUGAAUUUGAACCUAAACGAACGGGUUCACCAGUACAAGGAAUUGUUGGAUUUGCAUUUGAAUUUGAACAGGUCGUUGUAUCAUUAAUUACGGUCAUAUUUGAAGUAAUUCUUAUAAUAUAA